AUGGAGAAUGCUAAAAUCCAUGAGACAACUGCAGUUAUUGAAAAUGAUAAACACAUAGCUGAAGUAAAUAGCAAGACAUACCAUGAGGAUGAAAUUUAUCUUGAUAAAUUAAGUGAAAAUACGAAGGAGAAAGAAAAUGACGUAACAAAUGAGGUAGACUUUGUAGGGUUAGAAGAAGAAUAUAAAAAUAUUUCAGAAAAUCAAGAAAAGUUGUCCCAAAAAGAUGGCUCAGAAUCGGUAAAAACCUUAAUUGAUAAACAAGAAGUAAUUGACACAAAUACAGAAGAAGUAUUAAUAGGAGGAGAAGACGAAAUAAUUGAAGUAAAACUUAGUCAAGACGCAGUAGGAGAACAACAAGAUGCAGUCGAAGAGGAAGAAAAUGUAUUCGAAGAAGAACCUCCACCAGAUCCUAGUGCUCCAUUAAAUCUUAGAGAUUCAACAGAAGCUCUUAAAGAGUCUUUCAACCUCCGACCUGAUCAGUUGGCUGAAGUAGAACAGCUUUGGGAUUUGUUUCAGGAUUAUACUCCAGUCUACACAGAUUUAGACAAUUUUAUAACUGAAAAGGAAUUAGUCUACAUGCUCAAAUCUCUACUUCUUAUGACUUAUACCUCAGAGCAACUGGAAGAAUUAAUAGAUUUUUGCGUGAGACCCUCCCAUUCAGAAGGUCACAUCACAUAUGAACAAUUUUUAAAGAUGGUAACAAUUAGACAAAGAGAUUUACCUAUAGAAGAAGAAUUAAGAUCCGCAUUGCAAGCAAUGGAUCCCGACAAAACUGGUGUAAUAGACAGAGAGUUUUUUAAAGAAGUACUAUCAAAGCAAGGCAAUAAAAUGUCCCCAAAAUUAUUGGAUAAACUUAUUAAAGAAGUCGACAUUAGCAAUGAUGGUACGAUUAGUAUCGAAGAUGUAGUUGGGACUAUGAGUAUUGAUUUAAAUAAGGAUGAUAUUUUAUUACUUUUAGCAUCAUUACAACCUGAAUCUAAUGAAAAAAAUGAAGAAGACAUAUUUUGA